UGCGCCAUCGAGCGGUGGAGGAGCACCUCCGCGAGUAUAAAAGCCUCAGGAUGCUGACAGUGGUGCUGACAGAAGAAGCGCUGUCACGGCGGACCUCAACCUGAACGCUCCUGAGUCUGAUGCGGAUUAAUCAGCCUUCAUACCUCAUAUGUAAACUUUAUUUCCGCUUGUAAAACGCGAGCAAAUUUAGAAAUCGUUCGGAUAAAUCACGCAACUUCGGGGCUUUGAACGAUGGGGAUUUAUGCAUCCACAACUGCGCACCCACACUUUGGAAGUUAGCCGCAAAGAGGGGGAAACCUGCCGUAACUUGAUACUUUAAAAAAAAAUAAAGAAAAAAAAAUCCUCUGCAGAAUCAUGCAGAGCAACGGGAGCGCCUCCGGACCCCUGGCCGCUCUGAGCGCGUGCGGAGGAGAGGAGAAUGAGCGCGAGCUCUCCAAACUUAUCGGCCCCACGGGAGCGACCUCUAAUCUCGCAGCUCUGAACCUUUCACUGAACUGCUGGCUCCACAUCCUCUCCGAGGAGUCCUCGCUGGACCUGCACGCGGACAGCGCGAACCUGGCAGUACGAGUCGUCAUUGCCCUGGUCUACCUGGCGGUGUGUGUUCUGGGGCUUGUGGGUAACCUCCUGGCCCUGUUCCUGCUCCACUCCCGCCACCGGGGCCACCACCACUCUUCUUCCAUCGACUGCUUCGUGAUGAGCCUGGCGCUGACGGACCUCCAGUUUGUCCUCACCCUGCCCUUCUGGGCCGUGGACACGGUGCUGGACUUCCGCUGGCCCUUUGGCCGGGUCAUGUGCAAGAUCGUGAGCUCGGUCACCACCCUGAACAUGUACGCCAGCGUCUUCUUCCUCACCGCCAUGAGCGUGACCCGCUACUACACCCUGGUCACCUCUCUGAAGAUGGGCAGCCCUCAGAUCGGCACCGCUCGUGCCAAGUGGGCCAGUUUAACCAUUUGGUUGGUGUCGCUUGUGGCUACGCUGCCUCAUGUGUUCUACUCCACCACAGUCCAGGUGUCUAUAGACGAUGAGCUGUGCUUAGUGCGGUUCUCCGACUCAGACUCCAGCCACUGGGAUCCUCAAGUCCUGCUCGGACUCUAUCAAAUACAGAAAGUCCUCCUGGGAUUUGUGGUUCCCCUGAUUGUCAUCUCCGUGUGCUACCUGCUCCUCCUGAGAUUCAUCCUGAGCCGGCGCAUCGUAGGCAGCACGGUCAGCGCGAGUGUCACAGAGAGGUCCGAGUGCGAGAGAGGACGCCACCGCCGCCGCUCCAAAGUCACCCGCUCUGUAACCAUCGUAGUUCUGUCCUUCUUCAUCUGUUGGCUGCCCAACCAGGCUCUCACCCUGUGGGGGGUGCUCAUCAAAUUUGACCUGGUGCCCUUCAGUAAAGCCUUCUACAACACCCAGGCGUACGCCUUCCCCCUGACUGUGUGCUUAGCUCACGCAAACAGCUGUCUUAACCCGGUGCUCUACUGCCUGAUCCGAAAAGAGUACAGAGCUGGACUGAAGGAGCUCCUGCUGAGAGUGUCUCGCUCCAUCCGAAAUGUUCUCACUCAGGCCCUGAGAGGGAGGAGGGUGGAGGAAGCCCCACCCGGCCUGGUUAUGAUGCACAAAGACAUCAAUGUGUGAUUCACUAAAAGGAACAAUUUGACGUCAUGGUGAAUGCAAUUAUUCCCUUUGAAGAUUAUUACCACCCCUUUAUGUUUGCAGGCUGAAAAUGAAGCUAUGCCAGCAGGUUGUUGUCUUAGCUGAGCACAAAGGCAGGAAACAGGCGGGAACAGCCGUCCUGGCUCUAUCCAAAGGCACCGGGAACGUGAGCCACCAAGUAAAACCGUGGCAACGCCGUGGUGUCUUUCAGGACCUUCGCCUCACCUACUUUAGGAGCGACGAAAUUCAGACGGCAGCUGGUGUUACCACGGUUUUGCACUCUGCGGCUCACUUUACAGCCGUUUCACUAGCAUGUCGGAGAGCUGCGAAGGCCCUCAGCUAACGUGAAAAUACAAAAGGCCCCCCUCUAGAGCCAGUGUUUGGUUUGUCCGUUCUGGGCUUCUGUAGAAACAUGGCGGACCGCUUGAAGAGGAACCGCUCUCUAUGUAGAUAUCAAGGACUUGUUCUAAGGUAAUGAAAACGCCAUUUUUAUUUUCAGAUGACUAUACACUAAUGAAAACAUAGUUAUGAAUGUUAUAUUACAUGUCUGCCAAUAGAUCCCCCUAAAUGCUACACACUUUUGCUUUAAUUUGUGUUCAGAGGUGCUGGUAGAUGGAUGUAAUUGCCUUUGGACAGAACCGGGCUCGCUGUUUCCGUUUCCAGUCUUUGUGUGAAACUCAAGAAAAAAGGCAUUUCCCAAAAUGUCUACUACUAAAGAAAAUGUUCCUUUAUGUGCCAUAUUUUAUUUGGUGCCAUUUUCUAAUCAUGUGGCUGUAAGACACUGUGAUCCCUCCAAAUUCAGUUCAGCCCUCAAAGUGGACACACACACACACACACACACACACACACACUUUACAUAGCACUAUGGAAGUAAUCUCCUUGGUGACAUGAGUACAUUGCUGUCAAUGAUGAGCCGGCUCUUAGUUACACUGUUGUCGGGUUUCUUAUUUGGCACAAUCAAACUAAAUGCAGAGUGAUGUUUGAAUAGUUCAAGUGAUUUUUGUACCUUUCACCUCAAACACCUACACAGGCAACCGUGAGAUUGUUACAUUGUCAUAUGUGUCAUUCCUACGUGUCCACGGAUUGAUGUGCUUAAUAUUGAUUUGUGUUAUUGUUGCUAACUCCGCUGUGCAUCGUCAUGUCUCUCGGUGUCUGCCUUGCUUGUACCGCUGGGCAUGUUUUUUUGUGAUUACACGUAUGUAAAGUGACAUUAAAUAAAACGAGAGGACAAAAGAGUUCAGUGACGUCUCUGGAAAGUUA